AUGUCCCCUCAACCCUCACCCGCGCUCUGCGCUUCAACCCAACCUCUAUCAACAAAUUCCAGCGCCGCAUCUCGUUUCUUCACCUCCAACUCCUCGUCUGCGCGCCAAUACUCCACAUUCAGAAAUGCAUUUGCACGAACUCGUUUUGCGGGAAAGCAAACAAAGAGAUUUCAGAGUACAGAGGCUGCUGCUGCCACUGCCACUGCGCAAGUUAGUUGGUUCAAGAGAAUGUGGGAUAGUCCGAUUGGAUUGAAGACUUGGGCACUUGUCUUAGCCGGUGUCUCUGAUCUUGCUCGUCCCGCCGAAAAGCUCUCCCUCACCCAGAAUGCUGCCCUCACUGCUACUGGUAUCAUCUGGACUCGAUGGUGUUUAAUCAUCAAGCCAAGAAACGUUCUCCUCGCAACCGUCAACUUCUUCCUCGGCAUGGUUGGUGUCGUCCAAGUCACCCGUAUCCUCCUCCAUCAACGCAGCGAAAAGAACAAAUCCCUCACCGAUAAAGCAGCAGAAAUCGGUCACGAAGUCAAGGGAAAGGUCGAGGAUGUUGUUAAAUCAUAA